AAAGAGUAAUUGCGAAAGUUUAGGAAUUUCAGUUAUGUUCAUAAAGGAAUUCUCUACGGAAAGUUCCAUCAAAGGAUUAACGAUAACAUGAGAAUCCAUGGACACAGUGUAACAGCUAGGAAAUCUAUGGAUAAUGUGCACUUUAUUUUCACAACUUUCAUUGGAAUCAUUUUGGGAUUCUUAGUAGGAUUGUCAUUUAUAACAUUCUCACCUUCACAGGAUAUUAAGCGAGAGAGAUGGGCACUUACUAAUGAAGGAAAGUUGUAUGCUUCAUCGGGAUCACCAGAAGUACAAGUCUUCUUGGCGAUACCCCCAGAGGGAAUCUCUCUAGAAGAAUUGCAGAAAAAAAUUGAUGCAUCAGUCUUUAAGAUAGGUCGCUCACAGGUGAUAAAGAACCAAUGGGUUGAGAUGGGAAAGCAACUUGUUACUAGAAAGGUGAGGAUGCUAAAUCGCAUUCUGAUGUUUAAAGUGCAGUCGAAGAUAAGUGAUCUUGAGGUGAUAGACCCAAAAGAUAUAGAUGCUCUCAAGAGAAGAAAGCUAAUUACUUCCCAGUACUUCCUCUACUACCUCUUCUCAUUGUUUAUUUUCUUGCUGUCAUCCUUGGCAUCUGAAACACUUGCUUGA